AUGGCCGACUCAAUCUACACCAAUUACCCCCCUACUCUGUCUCCUGCCCAGCAAGAGUACCUGGUCACCACCACUAAAGACUGGGCAAUUCAAAAUGGUCUCGCAGUCCGGCCAGCUCCAACCGCUCUUCCUGAAGGCGCAGAUUCGAAUCGAGUGUUAGCGACGAACGCUCCAGUCACGCUCUUUCCCAGUCCUUUCCCGAAAGCUUGCUUUGAAGAAGCUCAAGCGCUGCAGACCGUCUACAAUCAACUAUAUGCGGCGAUCACCUGCAACGAGGAAUGGCUAGGGAAGGUCAUGGAGGAGCUACUUGAUGUCGAUGACUUUGUUUCAAACCUCUGGAAAACUCAUUUGGCAGUUAAGAAGGAAGGAUAUGUCCAGAAUUUGUCCCUGGGCCUUUACCGGUCCGACUACAUGGCUGAUGUCACACCCAACCGUGCUCCGUCAUUGAAGCAAGUCGAGUUUAACACCAUCUCCUCGUCGUUUGGAGGUCUAUCCGCCCUCGUGAGAUCAUUACAUACGGAGCUUCUUACGUCACCACCGGGUACUCCUAUCAGCUAUCCGCCUCAUCCUCUCCUGCAAUCCGGCGUGCCACCCGAAAACACUUCUGUUGAAACUCUGGCUGGAGGUUUGGCUACGGCACACAAGGCUUACGGUCCUUCAAAGUCUACACCUGAACUUCCGUUGUGUGUUAUCUUCGUAGUGCAGGACGGAGAACGGAACGUCUUCGAUCAGCAUGCCCUCUCCAAGCGGCUCACGGGAUUCCAUAAAGUCCCCGUCUUCCGUGUUCCCAGCAGCAAGAUCUUUGAUCAAACCUCAGUAUCCGACUCCAAUCCUUCUCGACCAUUGAUCUACCGCCCUCCUCACUCUCCAUCGUCUGCAUUCGAAGUGACCACCGUCUAUCUCCGUGCUUACUAUUCACCUGAUGAAUAUACAUCUAGUCGGGACUGGGAUGCCCGAGUGCAUCUGGAACGCUCUGCCGCAAUCAAGUGUCCCAGCGUGCUGAACCAACUGGCUGGUUGCAAGAAGGUUCAACAGGUCCUCGCGGAGCCGACGGGACCCGAUCAUCUCUCAAGCUUCCUCCAAGGCACUGACCCUGCAGUGAUUGCAAGACUACGAGAGACCUUCGCCCCACAAUAUGACCUGUCGGCCAAUGGGCAGGGUCGGGAUCUGGCUCUCAACCCCGAGACAGCCAUGAAGCAUGUCCUCAAGCCCCAGCGUGAAGGCGGCGGCAACAACAUCUAUAAAGCGGAGAUUCCGGGCUUCCUUCGGUCCAUCCCGGAGAGUGAUUGGAAGGGAUGGGUACUGAUGGAGCUCAUUAAUCCCGCACCGGAUGCCGAGAAUAUCGCUCUGCGAAACGACGGAGAAGUUCUUCGUGGCAACGUGAUUUCCGAGCUUGGUGUCUAUGGUACUAUCCUGUGGGAUAAUACGGGCAAGGUCCUUCAUAAUGAUCAAGGUGGCUGGUUGCUGAGAACCAAAGGAAAGGAAGUGAAUGAGGGUGGUGUGGCUGCCGGGUUCUCCAGCUUGGAUAGUGUGCUCCUCUUCUAG